CCGGGUUGUUUCUCUCCUCGAAUCCAGUUGCAAAGGUUAUUUUGAAGAACUUGUUUUAGGGGUACAGGUUUGAAGAUGAGGCCGGUUUUUGUGGGUAACUUCGAGUAUGAAACUCGCCAAUCGGAGCUGGAGCGACUCUUCUCUAAAUACGGGAGGGUCGAGCGCGUUGACAUGAAAUCUGGGUUUGCUUUUGUUUAUUUUGAGGAUGAGCGUGAUGCUGAAGACGCCAUUCGUUGUCUUGAUGACACACCAUUUGGAUAUGAUAGACGGAGGCUAUCAGUGGAAUGGUCUAGGGGUGAACGUGUCAAGCAUCAGGAUGGCUCUAAGAUGACGGCAAAUCAGAGACCAACGAAAACUUUGUUUGUGAUAAACUUUGAUCCCAUUCGUACAAGGGUCCGCGAUAUAGAAAGACACUUCGAGCCAUAUGGGAAGGUUCUUCACGUCAGAAUUCGUCGGAACUUUGCAUUUGUGCAGUUUGAAACACAGGAAGACGCUACAAAGGCUCUGGAGUGCACACACAUGAGCAAGUUAUUGGACAGGGUGGUGUCUGUAGAGUAUGCUUUGAGGGAUGAUGGCGAGAGGGGAGACAGAUAUAAUAAUAGUCCCAGAAGAGAUUACGGUAGGCGUGGGGAUAGUCCUUAUAGGAGGUCACCGAGUCCAGUGUAUCGCAGGGGUCGACCAAGUCCUGAUUAUGGGCGUGCUCGCAGCCCAGUUUAUGAUAAUAAGUACAAUGGCCCGUCAUAUGACAGGCCCAGGAGUCCUGAAUAUGGCAGAUAUCACAGCCGGUCACCUGUGCGAAGGUCAAGAACAUGAGAGCGUAUCUAUCAUGUUGGAGGAAGAUGGUGCUCAAGUUGGUCGUUCCAGUUUCUUGAAUGUCUGCUUUUACUUUAGGUACAUCAUUUGGAGGAAGAAGAUUGUUCAACUUUUUACUAGUAUCUUUGUAUUUUAAGUUUAUGGAUUUGUAGUGAUAUGAGAUUGUUGGCAGAUGCUCUUGCUUCACCUGUUUGAAUUGUUUCAACUGCCUGAAUUGGUUUCUAGGUUACAAGUUUCAGUGUAUUUUCUGUUUCUAUUGUGAAUAUUAUGACGCUUUAAAAUGGACAAGGUAAAUUAAGUAUUUCUUUUAGUUUGAGGUGAAUAUGCAGAGGG